AAGCCGAGCCUAGAAAGGCAGAUUGGGGUGCGAGUGCAGAGUGCAAGCAAGCUUCUCUGCCUCCUAGUUUGUUGAUUCUGGAUCCUUCUCUGCCGAGACUGACACCAUGAUGAGGGAAGAUUCAGUAGAGGAGACCCAGAUCACACUGGAUGAAGAGGAGAUUCCCCUGGAGGACGAUGUCAUCUCCACACAGAGCGACACCAGGCCACUGCUGAAUGAGAGAGACCCUCGUGGAGUCAAUGAGUGCCUGAAGGUCUCCUUUGAGGAUGUGAUUGCUGAGCCACAGUCAGUGCGGAGCACGGACAAGGUCUGGAUCUGCAGCCACACCCUGUUUGAAGUCUCCAAAGUGUGGCUCUACAGGAUCUUCACCACCGUGCUUGCUGUACCUGUGUCUCUGAUCAGUGGUGUACUCUUCGCCGUCCUGUCCUGCCUCCAUAUAUGGCUGCUCAUGCCCUGUGUGCAGAUCCUCCUGCUGAACACACGUUGCCCGCGCACCCUGUGGAACACUGUGCUGGACCACUUCAUCUCACCGCUCUUCAGGAGCAUGGGCAAGUGCUGCGGAGCUGUCGGCAUCCACCUGGAGCAGAAGUGACCGCAUUCCCUUUACACGCCAGGGGCUCCUGGGGAAAAGAAUGGGGCUCUGCAGCCAAGGGAACAUGGAACUGUCACUAUACUGAGUAUAUCACCUUAGUAUGACCCUCCCUAACUGGAGCUGGGAAGCUCAGAACUGAGAAGUAAAAAAAUCUUAAUUGCCUGAAUGUUUCACAAACUGAACCGUUUCUCAAUGCGGACAUGAUUUGUAUGCACUGAUAUGAAUUACUGGUUGACACCUAUCAUGGACAAUUGUUUGGUAUCAUUUAUUAAGCUCUUUUCUAUAAAGUAGCAGUGGUAAAGUCUGCCAGUCUAGCUCUUCGAUGAUGAUUGUGAGCCAUGUCAUACAAUGCUAUUUAGGUGUAACGCCGUUUCAGUACAGAGCAUUGGCAGGCUAGCAGAGUAUGUCCAUACCGUUAGCAGAUCUCGCAGCUGGCCUUUGUUUUCACUAGCCAUCAGCUGAGCUGUUUAAUAUGCAGCUGGUUAAUGCAUACUGCAAGCACAAGUGCACUAGUGAAAUCCUCCUUCCUUGUGCAUUGCUAUAGCCAAUCACACAUCACCACACGUGACUGCAGAUUUGAAUCCACAGUCUGGGGCAAGUUACUUUACCAAGAACUUUCAAUAUCUCAAUUUCAUUAACUGCAAAGAGCAGACGCACACCGAAUGUCAACAGCAAUUUCCAAACCCACCUUCAGAGGUAGUUUGAAGCUACAGCACCGCAUAUGACUAAUGUACGUGAAAGUGCUGGCAAUCUUAGUUUUCAUAUUCAAGGUCAUAUUCACAGACCUUUAUGACAACAAUGUUUUGAUCAUAUGUACUGUAGAGUUGUAUUUAUUGCAAUACUGUUCUGUUACUGCUGCAAGACUUAUGUAAACAUUCAGCCAAAUACCUUAUUAUCAUACAGGCCAAAUCCCUUUAUAUAAAAAGGGCUGUAAGAUGCAGUACUUUAAUAUUUCAACAGACAUAACAAAUAAAAUGUUGAUCAAUCAAAGAGGAACUUUUGGACUUUUCAACACUAUGUUCAGGAACGGUGUGGAACACCUGCAUACUGAUUCUUGAACAAAUUUAACUGAAUUAAAUGUAUAUUAAAUUUGGUUUCUUGUGCAGAA